AAUAGAAUAUAAAAUAAGGAAUUAGAGAUAUUAUUUAUUGAAUUUAAAUACAAUGGGUAAGGAUUAUUACAAAACUUUGGGAAUAUCGAAAGAUGCAACAGAUCAGGACAUUAAACGAGCUUAUAGGAAGUUGGCUGUGAAGUAUCAUCCAGAUAAGCAGACAAAUUCUAGUCCUGAAGCUAAAAAGAAAGCAGAAGAAAUGUUUAAGGAAUUAGGUGAGGCUUAUGAGGUACUUAGUGAUAAAGAGAAACGAAGUAUAUAUGAUCAAUAUGGCUCCGAAGGUCUGCAAGCUGGAAUUGGAGGUAACGGUGCUGGAGGAGCUGGAAUGGGUAGUGGUAUUUUCAUAGAUCCGAAUGAAAUAUUUGCAAGAUUCUUCGCAUCAGAUCGUGCUGGUACAUUUGGAGAUGAUGAUAGUGGUUCAUUUUUCUUCAGUGGACCAGGAGGUGUAUUUAGGCAAGUACACAUAAAUACUGGAGGUCAUGGUCCAAAAGGAAACUCUAGGCAAGCUCCAAAAUCUCAUGAAGUACCUCUAAUGGUUACACUUGAAGAAUUAUAUACAGGGAAAAGAAAGAAAAUAAAGGUAACUAGAAAAAGAUUUGUUGGAAAUAAAGUUAGGAAUGAAGAAAAUAUAGUAGAUGUAGAUAUUAAACCUGGUUGGAAGGAUGGCACAAAGUUGACAUAUUCUGGAGAAGGUGAUCAAGAAGCUCCAGGAACAACUCCGGGUGAUUUAGUGCUUAUAAUACAGACUAAAUCUCAUCCACGUUUUGCUAGGGAUGAUUAUCACUUAAUUAUGAAAGUUCCAGUACCUCUUGUCCGUGCCUUAACAGGCUUUACUUGUCCAGUAAUUACACUUGAUAAUAGAAAUUUACAAAUACCAAUACAAGAAAUUGUUAAUCCUAAAACAAGAAAAAUAGUACCAAAUGAAGGCAUGCCAAUUAAGAACCAACCUGGACAGAAAGGAGAUCUAAUUCUUGAAUUUGAUAUAAUAUUUCCAAAAAGUUUGACUCCAGAGAAAAAGAAACUUAUUAAAGAAGCAUUAGAGUAACAAUUAUUAGAGUAAUUAAUUAUCUUAAAUUCCUAAAAUUUUGAAACAUUAAAAUAUCCUCUUAAUUUUAUAAAUGGUUGUCUUUGAAUUAUUUAGAUUUCUAAAAUUAUUUAAUU